AUGAAACAAAUUUUCUCUUUAUUAUUUCCGUUCAAAUCACCAGCUUGGAAUUCUCUCUUAGGGACAUUUUACAUUUCUUCAAUACCAAAUUUUAUCCUUUUGGCCGUACCGGGUACCCUCGAACCAAGCAGUUUGAACACUAUGAUCGCUUUUGCUACUGGGGGUUUAUUAGGUGAUGUCUUCUUACAUCUUGUCCCGCACGCUUUCUUUGGUGAAGGACAUGAUACGGAGAGAGCUGUGGUGGUGGAAGAGAAACGGAAUAUACUUAUAGGAGGAGCAGUGUUCUUAGGAUUCGCAGCUUUCUUCGUCCUUGACAAGACUAUGAGAGUGCUAAACUCUUCACAUUCCCACUCCCACUCACAUUCCCACUCCCAUUCUCAUUCUACGUCACCAAAUCAUUCCCAUUCUCCAACCACUGCGAUAUCUUCCGCUCUUGACGACACUUCUGGUGAACUUCGAUCAAGAAAGUCUCCCUCAGAGACGACCACCCAGUCCUCUGAGCCUCAAGAGAAACAAUCCGUAGCCAACCCUUCGCUUAGGCUCUCCGCAUACCUCAAUCUCUUCGGAGAUUUCACCCAUAAUAUCACAGACGGAUUAGCCAUGGCAGCGAGCUUUUACACUUCACCUGCUCUUGGUGCAGUAACUACUAUCGCUACUUUUGCUCAUGAGAUUCCUCACGAGAUCGCGGAUUAUUCCAUCCUGAUCAAAUCUGGAUUCUCAAAACGUCAAGCUUUAGGUUCGCAAUUCUUCACAGCUGUCGGAGCGUUCGUCGGUACUUUUCUUGGUAUAUGGAUAGCAGAGACGAGUGGAACAGGAAAAGAUGUGGUUGUGAAAGUCGGCGAAGGGAUAUUAGGCACAAGUUUGCACGGAGGGGAAUUGGUCAUUCCCAUGACGGCUGGGGGUUUCCUCUACAUCGCGUCGGUCAGCGUGAUACCUGAGCUUUUGGCAGAGUCGAAAAGUGGGAUCCAAGCUUUGGAAGAAUACGCCGCCAUGGCAUUUGGAGUGUUUUGCAUGGCUGUGAUAGCAUGGAACGAAUGA